AUGAAAUCCUUCCUCCUCGGUACAGCGCUGUGCGUGCUAUCCACCGCCAGCGCAGCCAGCACCGGCUGCGCGAGAGCGCUGGCCUCGAACCUGACGCCGGGGUCGUCGACGUACAACCUGACCGUGUCCUCGAAAUCGGUCAUCGGCAAGACGACGCAGCGCGAGUACAUCCUGCACUUGCCGGCGUCGUUCAGCGCUAAGAACGAUAAGCCGGCGGCGCUGGUGCUGGCGUUCCAUGGCCAGCAGCAGCCGGCGUGGAGUAUGGAGAAGAUUAGCGAACUGUCGAAUCCGGCGUACAAUGGGGAAUUCGUCGUUGCGUAUCCGGCGGGUAUGAACGUGCAGAACCCGGGGGUCCAAUGGCUGGGUGAUCCCCUCGCGCCCACGUCAAAUAAAAUCGACGACCGCAUCUUCGUCGCCGAGCUGUUAGAUCACCUCACGUCGACUCUGUGCAUCGACGAGCAGCGCAUCUACGCGGCUGGGCUCAGCAACGGCGGCGGGCUGACGGGGCUGCUGAUGUGCGACUCCGCGAUCAACAAGCGCUUCGCUGCUUUUGCGACCGUGGCUGGGGCUUUCUACCCUGACGCAUCGCUGACCGAACCGCUGUUCCAGAAGGACUGCCUCCCAGCACUGGGAAGCAGGAGACUUCCGUACCUGAACCUCCACGGCCUGAGCGAUGGCAUUGUAGCGUACAAUGGCGCCAACAAGCCGCCUCCUGCCUCUAUCCCCAUCCCUACCUGGGUCGGUGGAUGGGCGGAGCGGAACAAGUGUGCGGAUGCCGCUACAGUGCAGACUGUUGAGGGCGGAAAUGUCCAGGAGAGCUCGUGGCAGUGUGGAGGGCAGCAGGGUCUUGUUUUGCACCGCGCGAUUAAGGGAUUUGGACACGGGUGGCCGAGUAAGAAGAAGCAGGGUGAGCCGUUUGAUACGCUGAGGAAUGGACCGACGACGUGGGAUGCGACACCGCUCAUGUUGAACUGGUUCAAGAAGUGGAGGCUGUAG